AGAGGUAAAGGAUGCCAUGUCCAUCGACAGGAGCAAUCUCCAGCGUGCUGACUAUCUGACGCAGGGAAAGCUCUCUCUUGUGGAAUUGGUCUCGAUGUUACAAACACCCGACAGAUGUCCGCUCAUGAACCGCCUUGGCACGCAUCUCUCUUCCCUCGGGCUCACCUUCCCAUCGCUCCAUGAGCACCAGUAGAAGUUUAUGGGAGUCAAGGACCACGAUCAAUUCCCAGGAACCGUUCUCUCGCAGCAGCAGCUCGGUGUCUGCCCGAUCUCGCGCUCCAGAUAAGCGCGAAUCGGAACGCGACACAGUUUCUCGUCCUGGGCACGGAGCUGACAAACACUUUACUCGUCCCAGCGCGUCUCUACAGUUCCAACCCGGAAGCAUAAUCUGCAUCCGAGAGCGGCCGAGCGCUGAAGAUGGAACGACGAUCGGAAUCGCAGGCCGGCGACCUCAUAAAAAAUCUCGCGCUGCGUCAUGCCGAUCGGACUUUGACGGGGUCUCUCGUCCGGGUUGGCCUUGAGUACGAUCUCGUUCAUUGACUUCGCCGAGAAGCUCUGUGACAUGAGGCCGUGGCCCUUCAUCUCAGUCAAAGCCUAGUCGUCCUCGGCACAGUAGGGCGAUGAGUUUGUGGUGAAUCGGCGAGCGAAUCUCGGACGUCUCCUGCUCAGCAGCUCCGGAACUCACCCUCACUGAUUUCAGUGUGAGGCCAAGGCUACACCUUCGCCUUAACUUUCUUAAUCACCGAUUUCACCAGUUCCAGAGUUAUAAUCUUACUGUCGGUGAAUUUGACAGCGGCCUCGGAUGCGGUUGGUGUGUGUGACCUGAGCUGGUUAUGGAAUAGAAAUUACUGUCGGUACACCGAUUCCAUGGAUAUGUUGAGCUCGUUCCAUCUGCCCAGAAAGGCAGAUGAACCGCAGUGGUUCGAAAGAGGAGCAGCCAUCCAUCCAGCUGUACUCGCGGAUGGAGUCGAGAGCCGAAGGAAGUGCGUUCGGCGAUGGAGCCUAAAGUGGCGAAUCGGUCAACCGAGGCCUAAAAGAAGGCCAAAUUGGAGCAUCCAGCGGCGACCGUCGAGAGAAACGACGAAUAGAAAUGUCCUUUGUACUCCGGGAUCCCGUUGAUUCCAAGUGACUCUGUGCGUAGAGAGGUGCUGGACAUUUAUAGCCACCAGAAAUGCACUUCUCGAUGCAGUGGGCCGUGAUGCGAAAAGCUUAGAUGAAAGCAGCCAUACAAAUUCAUUGCAAGCGCUCUCACAUGGCCCCAUUUCAUGUCGAUCCCACAGGACGUUGACGAUAAGGCUAAGGAUGAAGAUCUUCCCAGCUACGUCUAAUCUCAAUGUCAACGCCAAGUGGCUCAUGCAUUCCAUCGGAUGCGCCAUUGAUAAUGCAUUUUGCAGCGGGAAGGAAUGAUUGCUCGUAUCUGCUUCGUUGAGAAGCAGAAGGAGGAGGGUAAUCGCGGCCUCCAAGCGUCAUCAGUUUCAUGGAAGCAUCUCUCGACCUGUGUUAGCAGUCUCCUGUAGCGAACUGGUGUGGUGUAAACGCCAGGCUAAGCUCACUUUAGCCCCUGUCGAUCCCGCCAUCUCCAAAGUGUCCACGCUCGGUAAAAGUAAAUUCCAUCCCUCAUUAUCAAAUGCGCUCGAAAUUCCUCUAGCUUCAUCCUAGAACACGGAGAAUGGUAGACCUGUGUCACUUUCACCCCCGAUGACUUCUGAUGGCCCCACCUCAUCUUCUCCCACCAAGCUCUGAAGCGUAACUCUGCGCAUCAGUAAAAUGCCCGAUCACGAAUGGCGGUCUAACACAAUCGGCUCUCCACAGCUGGUCCAUCCUCUCCCACGAAGAGCUCGCUGGCCUAGACGGGCCACGAAAUGCCCUCUCAGAGCUCGAUCCGAAGACUUGAAAUCUCAACCGACCCUGUUCCAGGACAGGUACAGAAGCAGAUCCAAUCUCCGGCCUUAAUGAAUGGGAAUUUAAAGUAUUCUUGCCCUGCAGCUCACGGAGCUGUGCAAAAAGCUAAGACACCGCAUCAUCACCUCUCGUCUACAGCCACUUCCAGACUUGGGGUCCGGAUGGGUUCGUACAGAGUUGAAAAUCGAUGCUGUGCUGCCCCUGGGCCAAUGUAUUCCUGUCGUACAU